GGAGAAAGAAGGAUCUAACAGAAAGCCAAAGAGAAGCAAUAAUCUAUAGCCACUGGCACAGAGAUUCUCUUCGUACCAUUGCAGCUGCAGUUGGUUGCAGCAAAUCUUCAAUGUGGAAUGUCAUAAAGAAGUUCAGUAGAUCGGGUGCGGAACUACUUGUCUCUAAUACAAAUACCAAAAAAAGAUAUGAAUGGGCCCUUGCACAUCAAGACUGGACUGUUGAUAAUUUUAAGCGGGUAUUAUGGUCAGAUAAAACCACUAUUUAUCUCUUUCAAGGUUCUCCUGGCCAUGUGCCAGGUAGUCUUGAUGAGCCAGAUGCUCUUGCUAAAAAGGCGUGGAAUGAUAUACCACCAGAAUUAAUCUGA